CCCAAAACCACCCAGAAAAUACCUGGCUCCACCCAACGCCCUCAGUUUGAUACGCCAGGCAUCUCCGUCCUAAUAUUAUCUCCAGUUCCAAGGACACCUGAUUACAUUCUGGUUGUCCUGCACAUAACGCACCAUCUGGUCGUGCCCUCCCCAUCUCUAUUCUCACCUGAUCGGGCUUUGUAGGACCACCAACACCAUCUCCGCUUCACAAUGGCUGUCGAAACAAGAAACUCGUUAUUGGUCAAGCUCGGGAUCUUCGGCGUGGCUGCCAUCGGCCUCUUUUUGGUGGGCAAAAGGCACACCGCCAUCUACAAGGAUGAGCGUCACAGAAGAGAAACCGAUGCCAGAAUCGACUCGGAAGACAACGAGUUUGGAGUGCACGGCCACAGACCAGGCUUCCCAAGUCACAAUCCUACCUUGAACUACGAUGGCAGAGGCUCCAGGUACGAGGGUACUGGCUCAGCAUAUGCAAGCAGACAGGGUGGUGACAGAUUGUCUUUCUUUUCUAUCUUCAAGGGAGGAUUUGAAGACAGAGACUAGUGGCAUUAGACCACGAUGACGCAACCAUGUAUAUAGUGAAUGAACGGUGCCUGCGGGCUCAUGAGACUGGUGUAGGUAAGUUUUGGAGGUUGGAUGCGAAGAGAAGCCAGAAAUAUUAGCCGAGGUUUCCCCAGUGAUUUGAAAGAGAGAUGGACCGCAAAACGUAGGUCAAGUUGGAACUUCCUCUACUUGUCACUACACAUUUGUAAUGCUACUUUGUUCAUAGCAGGUGAAUGUCAGUUCUCAUUUGUCUGAAAUUAUUCUAAUUUCUGGUCAAUGUAUUCACUACUCCUUUGUCUGAAAAAUUACUCUGGUAAUAGGUGAUCGCUGGCAAUCCACCCACUACUCGUCUCUAUGUUCAGUUAUAUUAUAGUACGUAAUAAAUAAGCCACUGAGGUGGUAUAGUCGUG